AUGCCCGGAAUUCAAAGAACUCAAGCCAAUGAAACUCAAGUAAGGUUGUCGAAAAUAGAAUUACCCAAAUUCUCUGGUUUGUAUGAAGAAUGGCACUCAUUUUUUAAUACGUUCAACGCGAUGAUACAUUCAAGUGCAUCCCUGAACGACAUUCAGAAAUUCCACUACUUAAAGUCCGUCGUUAAGGGCGAGGCCGCCGAAGUCACUGCUUUCAUUGAAAUUUCCGCCGUGCACUAUAAUGAUGCUUGGUCUCGGCUAAUUGAUAGAUACGAUAACGAACGCGUCGCAGUGCAAAACCAGAUUAAAGCGAUUUUUGAUUUACCGACCUUGAAAAGAGAAAAUAGCAUCACACUGCAAAGUAUCUUAGACGGAAUUUUAAAGCACACUCGCGCAUUAGAAUCCCUGAAACGUCCCACCGCUCAUUGGGGCGACUUGUUAAUACACAUAGUAACGAGCAAGCUAGACUUUGUAACUAUAAAGGAGUGGGAAGCUAGUAUCGAAUCGCAAAAGCCGCCCGAGUUCAAUGAACUAAUUACCUUUCUUACAAAGAGGGGCAAACACUUUGUAAAGGAGUGCUCGGCUGGCGGUUGUAAGAUAUGUUCGAAAAAACACAGCACUCUGUUGCAUGCGGAGCGAGAAUUACGGGAUAGCAGCGAGGCGACGAAUAAACAAGCCGCAUCGCCGCCAGUCGAGCCGACUCAAGUAACAAAUGUCGUGUGCACCCACGCUCAAUCAAAAGAAACAUUAGAAUCAAAACACGUGUUGUUAUCAACAGCGUUGGUAAAGGUUAAAGCUAAAAACGGUCAAUUUUUCACGGGCAGGGCUUUAUUAGAUAACGGAUCACAAUCCAACUUUAUCACUAACGACUUUGCGAAAAAAUUAAACAUGCCGACGUUUAAAGAAAAUAUAGAGAUCCGAGGCAUAAAUCAACAGGCUGUUUGUUCCACAGACUCAGUCAACUUAAAAAUUACUUCCCGCUUCGGCACUUUCGGUACAGAGUUAACGUACGUUGUCCUCCCGAGAAUUACUCAAAAUAUUCCUACAAUUGAAAUAGACAUUUCAAAUAUAGAAAUUCCCAAAAAUAUUAAGCUAGCUGAUCCUCAUUUCAAUAUACCGGGAAAGAUAGAUUUGUUGAUCGGGGCGGAUAACUUUUGGAACCUGAUGUGUGUCGGGCAAAUAAAAUUAGGAAAACAAAGGCCGGUACUACAAAAGUCAUUAUUGGGAUGGCUUGUUUCAGGGUCGACGAUAACCCAUAAGCCCCAAGGAAUAAAACAAGCCAGUUGUCACUUAAGCGUAUUAGAAGAGUUAGAUCGAGACAUGCGAGCGUUCUGGGAAGUAGAAAAUUAUCAGAGCGUAAAACAGUAUAACGAAGAAGAAGAGUAUUGCGAGAAACAUUUCAAGGCCACGUAUAGACGACAAUUAGAUGGUAGGUUUAUCGUACAAUACCCGAUAAAAGAGCAUCUGUUAGAGGCGCUGGGUAAUUCGAAAGAAGUAGCCUUGAAGAGAUUUCAAUCAUUAGAGCGAAAAUUUGAAAGGAAAUCCGAGUUUAAAAGGGAAUAUGCAGGAUUCAUGCGGGAAUACCUUCAUUUAGGUCACAUGAAACCGGUUGCCGAACACGAUAGAAGCAAGUUCAGAGUUUUCUUGCCGCACCAUGCAGUUACAAAGGAAGGCGACGCGAAGUCUAAAAUUCGAGUAGUUUUCGACGCAUCCAGCAAAUGCUCCGGAGAAAAAUCGCUGAACGAUGUUUUGUACAAGGGGCCAAUAAUCCAAACAGAACUGUUUGACUUAAUCACUAGAUUUCGCAGUCAUAAAUAUGUUCUAUGCGCAGAUAUUAAAAAAAUGUACAGACAAAUAUUGAUACAUCAUGAGCAAACCGCGUUGCAAAGUAUCGUUUGGCGAGAGAGUCCGGAUGUUGAAAUCCAAGAAUAUGAAUUAUGUACGGUGACUUACGGUACCAAACCAGCGUCAUUUUUAGCGACACGAUGCUUGUUACAACUAGCGGAAGAUGAGAAAGCAAAGUAUCCUAGGGCUUCGAAAGUUGUCAGCAGAGAUUUUUACAUGGAUGACAUGUUGACAGGAGGGGAUACGGAAGCAGACAUCUUAAAUUUACAAAAUAAACUAACCGAAUUGUUAGCCAAAGCGCGUUGGAAUUACAUAAAUGGAAUGCAAACGUACCCUCACUUAGUCAAACUAGUCCAUGGAAAACCGAUGCAUUAUAAGGUAACGGUACAAGGCAGCGAGGUGCGCACAACGAAGCGUACGGUUCUAUCACAAAUCUGUAGAUUGUUCGAUCCACUGGGCUUGGUGGGUCCAGUCAUUACGUUAACAAAGAUUAUAAUGCAAGAACUGUGGAGCUUGGGCAUAGGUUGGGAUGAAUCGGUACCCAUGCAUAUUCAUAAAGCGUGGGACGCAAUAAAAGCACAAUUGAACUUACUCAAUAACCUGCAGAUACCUAGAGCAGUUCUGUCGAGUGAAAAACACAGUCAAAUACAAAUCCACGGAUUUUGCGAUGCGAGCGAAAAGGCGUACGGGGCCUGCAUAUAUCUAAGAGAACAAAAUUUACACGGAAAAACUGUGAUCUCGCUUCUUUGUUCAAAAUCACGCAUAGCGCCUAUGAAAGCGUUAUCGCUGCCGAGGUUAGAGCUAUGUGGCGCAGUGCUAUUAGCAAACUUAAUGAACAGAGUAAUAUCGAGCCUAAAUAUGGAAACACUGCCGAAAUAUUUUUGGACGGAUUCAAUGAUUGUAGUGGCCUGGAUACGUUCCACUCCAAGAAAAUGGCAAACGUUCGUAGCGAAUAGAAUAAGCGAAAUCCACGACAAGUCCUCGCCUUCCGAUUGGCACCAUGUCAAGUCGGGGGACAACCCGGCCGAUCUAAUUUCGCGGGGGGCAACUCCCGAACAACUCAUGCAAAACAAUUCGUGGUGGAAAGCUCCGUGGCUGGUGGAUGAUGUAGAAUCUUGGGAACCGGAAGACGAGGAUUUGAAUAACGUGAUCGUACCUGAAAAACGAAAGCAAGCGAUAAUAGCAAUGGCUGUGAAAGGCGACACGAUAAUAGACUACAAGAGAUUUUCGUCGUUAAAUAAAUUAGUUAGAACAGUCGCGUAUGUAUUAAGAUUUGCGUGUAAUUUGAAAUGUAAAAUAGAAGACCGUAGAGUGGGCCAAAUGAGCCUUAUAGAGGUAAACGAAGCCAAAGCGAUGAUAAUCAAGUUAGUACAAAAUGAAGAGUUCGAACCCGAAAUAAAGGCGUUAAGGAGUGGCCACUCAGUUCCAAGAAGCUCCAAGUUAAUCGCUCUCCACCCCUUCUUAGAUGACAAAGGGGUACUGCGCGUCGAAGGGAGAUUGAAACAUUCCGCGUGCCCGGAAGAAACCAAACACCCCAUUUUGCUCCCGUCGUCACAUCACGUGACCAUGUUAGUCAUCAGGCAUCAUCAUGAGAAGGUUUUUCACGCAGGCGCACAGACCACCUUGAAUUUUAUAAGAGAAGAAUUUUGGCCCAUUUUCGCCAGGAGCCGAGUAAAGAAGAUGUUACGAAACUGCGUAAAGUGCCGCAAGUCCCACCCUAAGGCUAAUUGGCAAAUCAUGGGGGAGUUGCCAGCGGCAAGAGUUAAAAUCACUAAAGCUUUCUACAGCUCAGGGGUCGAUUAUUGCGGACCCUUUUACGUACGAGAUAGAGUGCGCCGGGGAGUAUCCCGUUUGGACACGUAA